AUGGACCUUAGACACCCAUCAGGCCUGGAACUGAACUCACCUCUCUGGCUCAAUUUUGAGCCAGACAACAGACAGGUCUGUAAGGUGAACGAAAACAUCAUGGAGGUAUACUCUGCUCAGAGCAAUCAGCCACAGGCAGCAUUCGCCCAGAGAGAGAGCUCAGAAAGCCAGAAGGAACACGGUGUUCUUCUUUGUCCUGUGGUCACAAAGUUUGAGUCUGAAUUACCGCACUCCAUUACGUGUAUGCCCUUUGGUGAGGUUGUUUGCAGGACAGAACUGAACAAUUCUCACUCCAUCAACCUCUCCCAAGAAACACAAUCAGAAGACCUUGACUCUAAUUGGGACAAGUGCAGGCACAGCAAAUCUCUUGCAAUGUACAAAUUCAGGAGGCUACCCGGGGUUCUCAUUGUUCACCUGAAACGCUAUAUCUUUAAAGGUCUUUGUGUGCUAAAGGAUACCCAGAAAGUUGACAUUUCCAUUCACGUAAGCUUGGCUUCACAUUGCAUUGGAAGCACAAAACCACCUCUUCCUUUGAGCAAGAGACUCAUCAGUGUGGACAGCCUUCUAGGGGAGUCUACAAAACUAGGUCACUAUGUCUGCGAUGUCUGCGACUUUGCACAACAGGCCUGGUUCGUGUACGAUGAACUCCAGGUCUGGCAGACCCAAAAGGCCAAUACGCACAAGGACAGACUUACCAACAGUCGUGAGCUCCAUAAAGGGCGCCUCCUCGGCGUCCGCCCAGACACGCGCUCUCGGGGCCCCCCCACACCACCCUUCAUCCCCGAGGGCGGCGCCCGGGGCCUGGUUCGUCUUCCCUCAGGGAGACUGAGGCCGGGAGAGCGACACUGCCAAGCUCCCCCCGGUCCAGGCGGCGCGGGGUCGGGUUGGCGGGGCCCGGCCCGGACACCCCCAAUCCAGGCCCUGCUCUCUUUCCGGGCCCCACGAUGGCGGCGGCGGCGGCGCUGA